UCCUCUUCUCAUUCAUCAUUCACAUCUUGAUAGCUAACAAAUUCUUCACCGGAAAAAGUAGCCGUCGCCGGACAUACGCCGGAGAAAAAAAGGGUUAUCAACAACAAAGUACUCAUCAAAUUCUAUAUAAUAUAUAUAGUCAUAUAUAUCAAGAAUAUUGAAAAUGGCAACAAUGUACGAGAAUAAUGAUCUUGCAACUGAGCUGAGAUUAGGGUUACCUGGUACAACAGAUAAAUCGAAGACACAAGUAUCUUCGACUAGUACUAAUAAAAGAUCUUUAUCAGAGAUGGAUAGCUCCUCAGAUAUUAUAAAUCAAAAUGAUCAACAAGACUCCUCCCCUCCACCAAAAGUACAAAUUGUUGGUUGGCCACCAGUAAGAUCUUAUAGGAAGAAUGUUAUUGUCCAAGCCAAGAUAUCAAAUAUUGAUGUUUCCUUAGGAAUGUAUGUGAAAGUUAGCAUGGAUGGAGCACCUUACUUAAGGAAAAUUGACCUUAGGGUUUACAAAAAUUAUCAAGAAUUACUCAAAGCUUUGGAGUUCAUGUUCAAGCAUCCCAUUGGUGUUUACUUAGAAAAAGAAGGCUACACUACUAGUGGAUCUGAUUAUGUAUUAACAUAUGAAGACAAAGAUGGUGAUUGGAUGCUUGUUGGAGAUGUACCAUUGGAUAUGUUUAUUAAUUCUUGUAAAAGGCUUAGAAUCAUGAAAGGGUCUGAUGCUAAAGGUUUGGGGUGCCUAUAGGGAUCUCAUAGAUU